AUGACAGCAUCGCCCCUCCAAACAUUAGCGACCUCAGCCUGUUUCUUGAACAUCAUCCCCUUAAACCCAGCCAUGUUCAAAAAUCUCAAGGAAAAACAUGCAUCGUUGUUUGAAUCAAAACAACCUAAUGCAUCUACAUCGGAAAGCGACAGAGGUCAGGAUCUUUCAUCGAUCUUAGACAGAUCGCAGCGUGGAGACCUGACCGUCCUUGUGGCCGAAACCGCCGAGUCAAUGCGAGUGAGAAUUCUUGAACUGUUCGAAAACAACAAGGAUUCAUCUCCCGACCGCGUCUCUCCGCAGCCAUCUCCGCAAAAAGACCCCCAUGGGGAUCAAGAGGAAGAUUCCCCACAGUUGCCCCCAAGGCCACAGCGCAAGCCUGUCCCAGGCGAAGCUGCGAGGAAGCAAUCGGAAUCUCCCAACAAGCCAUUGAAUCCCCAAUCCCGAGUUACCGUGCUUUCUACGUUUGAGAAUUGGAGAGACUCGGUUCUGCUUCGUGUUGGUGAAGUCGUCAAUCAAGAUAACGAUGACCAGCCGGAUCAAAAGGGUCAAUCUGAAUUGCAAAAGGCCGCUCAGUCUGAUGAUCUUCCCUUGGAUGAGGAUGAAGAUAGAUUGAAGAAAUUGCAAGAAAUCUAUCACCCCAUUGAAACGCCGCUGGUUCAUCUUCCCAAAGCAACACGACUACUGAUUCUUCAUUCCUUACUGCUUUUGCUGCUCAGUCUAGAGCACUACAGUGCUUACUCGCGAGUAUUGAUGUUGAAUGUUGCAUCCAGCCUGAACAUAGAUAUCAAUAUUCUUAAUCAGGAUGAAGUGAAGGUUGCUCGUGGCUUGCUGGCGACUGCACUCGCCCUGUCAGCUGAUAAAAGCACCGAGGAAAAGCCGAAGAAGAACGACGACAUGCGUAAAUGGAAGGUCGGCAUUGCCUCCGUAGCUGGAGCCGCAUUAAUCGGUCUGACGGGUGGCCUGGCUGCUCCACUGGUAGCCGCUGGCCUGGGGACAGUGCUGGGUGGAGUGGGUCUCGGUGCCACGGCUGCGGCUGGUCUCUUGGGAACACUGGCUGGAAGCAGUGUUGUUGUUGGUGGGCUCUUCGGUGCUUACGGCGGACGCAUGACUGGUCGCAUGAUGGACAAGUACGCCCGCGAAGUGGACGACUUUGCAUUCAUCCCUGUUCGUGGUGAACGCAAACGAAACCAAAAGGACAAAGAAUCCGCCGAGCAGGAUCAUCGACUGCGAGUCACUAUCGGUAUCACGGGCUGGGUCAAGGAGGAAUCGAACUUUGUGGUCCCGUGGAGAGUGAUCGGUGCCGACUCGGAGGUCUUCGCUCUUCGUUGGGAAAUGGAACCUCUCAUGAAUCUGGGAAAUGCCAUCUCUGCGCUCGUCACCAGCGCGGCGUGGUCGGUUGCCGGUCGUGAGGUCCUGGCUCGUACCGUGUUCUCCACACUCAUGAGUGCUGUCAUGCUUCCCCUCGGCUUGAUGAAGGUUGCAGGCGUGGUCGAUAACCCUUUCAGCGUGGCCAAGUCGCGCGCCGACAAGGCGGGUGAAGUACUCGCGGAUGCUCUGAUCAACAAGGCUCAGGGUGAACGACCCGUGACCUUGAUAGGGUACUCACUCGGAUCCCGACUCAUCUUUUCUUGUCUGCAAAGUCUCGAGAAGAAGAACGCGUACGGGCUCGUUGAGUCUGUUAUUCUGAUGGGAUCACCAACACCCUCGAACACAGAACACUGGCAAAAGAUCCGGAGCGUCGUGAGCGGACGGGCCGUGAACGUAUAUUCAGAGAACGACUCAGUCUUGGCCUUCCUUUACCGCACCAGUAGCAUGCAACUUGGUGUUGCUGGCCUGCAAGCGGUGGAAGGUGUCCCAGGCAUCGAAAAUCUCAACGUCAGCGAGAUGAUCAGCGGUCACUUGCGAUACCAGUACCUGCUUGGAAAGAUUCUUACAUUGACCGGGCUGCAGGAUCUCGAUGCCGGUGAGAUUGAGCGCGAAGAGGCUGCCCUGGCGGUCGAGGAUAAGAAGGAGGAGAAGGAACGGUUGAAGAACCAGGAAGAUGCCGGCGUCAAAGACCCCGAGUCUGCCGCAGCCCAGGAGACGGUGAAUAGCAAGGAAGGCUUUGGCGAGGAUACCCGUUUGCAGAAGCAGGUUGAGGUGCAGACCCAGGAAAACAUGGCCAGUCACCGGAUUGAGAUGCUUGAUCUGGAUGAUGAUGACUACUCGACGCCUUUGAAGGAUGAUCCUUCCAAACAUUCUGCUCUCUAG